GGUUCGCUUGAAUAGAAAACACGCGGGCAGCUGGUUACAACAGAGGAGCGCGCAUCGCGCAGCGCAGGUUUGCGCACGGAGAGGACGUAGCUGCGACACUGGCGAGGCGAAAGGCGCGACUACAGGCGAUAAGAUGCGGUGAAAAGCUCCACUUUCCCCCCUCCUACGCAGGCUUCCUUUUUUUUUUUUUAAAUACCACGGAGGGCCAGGGUAGACGGAAAUUAAAAGGGAACGGGUCCAAGAUGAGUGCGGUCCAGGCUGGAGGCGAAGAGAGGGUGGAUAGCGGCAGAGGCAGCCUCACCGCCAACAGCGGCGGCGGCGGCGGCGGCGGCGGCGUUAGCGUCUCCCCGAGGCUCCAGCAGCGCGUUCAGCCCCCCAACAGCGGCAGCCGGACGAAAGAUAGCAAAAAUCAACAGCAGCAGCUCCAGCUCCUGCAGCAGAGGCAUCAUGGUGGGUCGAUGCUGAAGCAACCAUCCCACAAUGAGCCAGCUGACGUCGUGAGGCGGGCGCUGGACUUUAAGAGCCAAGGCACUCAGUGCUACAAGGAUAAGAAAUACAGAGAGGCGAUCGGCAAGUACCACCGCGCUCUGCUGGAGAUCAAGGGGCUGUGCAGGGUGCUGGGGGAUCCGGACCCCGGCCCCAAGUCCACGUCCACCCUCCUGCCGACCAUCAGCAAGUCCAGCACGCUGACGGACGAGCAGAAGGGGGCGAUGGAGAAUGCGGAGCUGGAGUGUUACAACAGCCUGGCUGCUUGCCUCUUGCAAAUGGAGCUGGUGAACUACGAGCGGGUGAAGGAGUACUGCCUGAAAGUGCUUCUCAAGGAAGGGAAGAACUUCAAAGCCCUUUACCGCUCCGGAGUGGCCUACUACCACCUGGGAGACUACCAGAAGGCCCUGUACUACCUGAAGGAGUCGAACAAACAGGAGCCAUCAGACACAAACGCCGUCCGCUACAUCCAGCUGACAGAGAUGAAGAUUCGCCGAAAUGCCCAGAAGGAAAAGAAAGAAGCGUCGUAAGCCGGCGCCUCACCUGUCAUGAGUUGCAGCCCCACUGUGUGCCACUCGGACCUUAAAAACUGCCAGAGGUCUUAUAGUGUGAAAUCAUAUUUGUUUAGCGGUUUUUUUUGUUUUGUUGCUUUGCACUGCAUACGGUUGCCAGUUGUUAAACUUUGUUGUGUAGGUUGGGUCUGUUGUUACGGAGGUUCCGGAAUUUCGUUUUUUUUAUGUUUGUCCUUCAGAAAAAGAAACCGCACCAAAUGCAUUUGACAAGAAUUUCUACACACUGCGCUUUAGCUCUUCUAAACCGAUGCACUGCCAGUCCCGACACAUCCGGGCCGACACCUGCGACGGAAACUGGAGCGACAAGUUUCACUGAAAGUCGGCACGCGCACGAGACGUGCUUCAAAUGCCUUCCUAAAAGUGAGCAGCAACCACCCUCACACCUCUCCCCUUACUAUUAUUUGAUUAUUUAAAAUUGAAAAUGUAAUUCAAAUGUUAUUGUCUUCUUGAUUAUAUCUGACUGUAAGAACACAAAAGGUGCUGUAAAAGCACAAAAGCAUCACGAAGCACACGGUUAUGGUACGACACCAGAUACAUAUCACACAUAUAGUAUGUAAAUAGGCUGUUAUGUAAAAUCCUGUGGAAAUCUAAAUGAAAAGGGAAACUGUAUGUCUUUAUUAAUGCCAAAACGAAGCACAUCACUCAACAUUUACUGUAUCUUAAAAUUCCUUAUGUGUAUGGUAAUAGUAUAUGUGUAAUAAACUUGUUUAAUAAUUACAAA